CGUACAAAGAAAUUGUAUGCAUUUGAACCAAAUAACAUGUCAGAUUAUGAAAAUCUUGAUGAUCAUAUUUGGUCAGAUCAUAAAAUUGAUGAAAGAGCUUCUAAUUACUUUGCUGUUUUAUUAAUGGCUAGUUUCAAAAGAACUCAAAGACAUAAAAAAGUGGAGCUAAGGAAGGCUGCACAAAAUACCCGGUCAAUCACUACUUACUUAGCUCCUGCCUUAACGACUUCUACUUUCAAAUCAUCUACAGAAUCAAUAGAGAUGGAAUCAAUCGAGGUGGAAUCAAUAGGGGUGGAAUCAGCAGAAAUGGAAUUGAUAGAAGUGGAAUCAGCAGAAAUGGAAUUGAUAGAAGUGGAAUCAACAGCAGAUUUAUUUGCAGAAAUUGAUCUUGAUGAGAGAACGAAAAUGAGGUUGGCAAUUGAGGAGUUGGAGAGGACAUUAAAAAAGGAUGACAAUCAAAUGGAUAAAGGUGUAAGGGUUCGUCUGCAAGCGUCAUUGCAAUAUUUACGAUUAAGGUACCAGGGUCAGACUAGAAUAAGUGCAAGCACGAUGAUUGCCAGUUCAUUAGGAUGGGGAGAUUAUAAAGCACAAUAUAUUGCCGCAUGGGCUCAAAAUUGGAUAAAAUGGCGAAAACUUCCAAAAGAGAACCAUGGUAAAUUCACAAAAGUAUCAAGCCUUCUUGAUGAUGAGAGAAUAUCCAUGAAGGUAUUGAAAGAAAGAAAACUAUAUGUGAGAAAAUGGCAUAGAGAUGGCUUAAAAAACUGGGCUAGCAUUGAAUUGGAGCCCGUUCUUGUUGAAUAUGAUGACAAAAAUCUCUCUAAGUUCGUAAAGAAAGAUAUUUCUUCUGAACAAAAGCGACAUUGUGUAAUAACACAUGAUGAGACGACAUUAAAUGCGAAUAAUAAUAAAAAAACAGGAUGA